AUGGAUGUGGAGUCGUGGUGUCGUACUCGUGUACAUGAAUUGGACCAGCUAGUCGUCCAUCAAGGCCACAGUAUUAACCGUAUUUUAGUAAAUGAUCCUACUCGUAAGACGGUCACAUAUCUUCCCAAUAUUGAGGUUGUUUUUCUGCAAAUCCCUGGCCAGGUGGAGCUGAUGCACAAGGAUGUUCUCAAGGCUAGCAACUGUAAGAUGCACUGGCAGAGCAAUGGAAAGUAUCUUGCUGUCCAAGUCACUCGACGUAGGUGCUCUCUGUUUGAGCUUUUCCGCUUCAGUGAGGAAGAAGGGCAUUAUUACCUUGAGUUGGACGAGAAAAUCCUUGCUUUCGCGUGGGAGCCCAGCGGUCAUAGGUUUGCUGUGAUUCACGGAGACCAAUCAAAUCCAGGUGUCAGUUUCUAUUCUAUGGAGACUUUCCAAAUUCCUGGAAAGGUUUCGAAGCUAGCUACCUUUGAAGACAAGCAAGCCGAUGCCCUCUUCUGGUCACCAAGAAGCAAACACAUAUAUAGUUCUGGCUGA